AUGGGGAUAGUACUCAACAAGGUCUUAUCCAGGAUCAUUUGCGUGGGCGACAUGCGUAUCAUCAUGGUGGGCCUCGAUGCUGCUGGUAAGACCACCAUCCUGUACAAAAUGAAGGCUGGCGAGGUUGUCACCACGAUUCCGACGAUUGGCUUUAAUGUGGAAACCGUCAAACACAAUCACCUUAGUUUUACAGUGUGGGAUAUCGGAGGUCAGGACACCAUCCGCCCUCUGUGGCGUCACUAUUACCAGAACACUCAGGGUGUCAUCUUCGUAGUGGACAGCAGCGAUCGUGACCGUGUCGAGGAGGCGCGCGAGGAGCUCAUGAAGAUGCUAGGAGAGGACGAAAUGCGUGAUGUCUUCCUGCUCGUCUUCGCGAACAAGCAGGACAUUCCGAAUGCGAUGCCUGCGGCAGAGUUGGCCGAUAAGCUCGGCCUGAACGAUUUGAGCAGUCGUCGGUGGUUCAUCCAGGCGGCUUGCGCCACGACUGGCGAUGGCCUCUACGAGGGGCUAGACUGGAUAUCACGAGUGAUUGUGGGCAGGAAAUGA